AUAACUUUCUUUAAUAUAAAGAAGGCUCUUCAUCUCAUAUAACUAGGAAUAACAUGAACAAACCUGUCUUGGUGCAAUUAGAUGUUAUUUAUUGAAUCGAUUUGAUUUUUUAAAGUAUAUCAUUGCUAAAUUGAGCAAUUCUGGUUUUCUUUUAGGAAAUUUAUUUGCCUUCAGACCAGAAUUGAACGCCGUUCCUCUGCAAUUAAACUAUCCCUCAAGACAGGCAGGUUAUCUUCCCUCUUUUAUGUAAUGAUAAAUUGUGCUGCAACACACCUGCACCUCAGACAAAACUGUUCCAUAUUUGCCGCUUUGAAGCUGGAGGGAAAACAAAGAGUGAAAAUCAAAAAGACCUGACCCUGAGAUAACAGAUAAACAGCCUGUCACAUCUCCUUUCUGCUCCCAGCUAUCUCAAACGAGAUAUGAAAAUAGAAACAGGGCUUCCAUCUUUGAUUUUACCUGUACGUGAUGCAGUACAUCACUGCAUCUGAAUCCAACAGUAAAGUGAGACUUCAAAAGCAGGGAGGUCUUGGAUUUCAAUUCGGGACCCCCUGGCCAUCGAACGGAUGAGGUAGAGCGUGUACGGCGAAUGAAGACAACAUCACAAUGAAGAACUGUCUUGAGAGCCACAAAUUACAUUGGGAGGACAGUUAAUGAGGGUGAUAAUACAGAUCUUCGCAGAUGAUAGAUGAGAGGACAGCUAUUACAGGCCAAAUGUGUGAGAUUUAUUGCUUUGUUUUAAAUGCACUACAGGCUAAAUACGACUGUUUUUUAUGAUUUGAUAUGUUCAUAAAUCAUUAUUUAAACAAUGGGGGCUGGAAUGCAAAAGCACAAGCUUAAUGGAAUUUUUGGAUUGUCUUUCUACAACAAUCUUAAAUCUGAAAAUAUUUGAUAAUGUUUCUGAAGAAGCAAGGCGGCAUGAAGGCUAAGUCACUUGGAGUGAGCUGGGAAAGUUACUAGAUACCUGAGCACAAGUGUGUUCAUUCACAGUAAUGUAAUACUGGAAUAAAGUGUGUCACCAUUGCUCACCCUGUCUGGACUGUAUAACUGAACCAAACAUGACUUCUUAUCAGAGCUCAGUUAUUUAUAUCUAGUAAAUGAAGCAUGUAUACCAAAUUACAUUUUUAUUACAUUCUUUAAAAAAAGAACAGUAUUCAUAGCUUAUUUCAUGACAACAUUAUGUAUCUUCUCAUUAUGUAUUUAAACUGGUCUGCCAUUGCUUCCACAGAUUUUAAAUCUAUAAUAGUGCUAUAAAGUUGUCAAAAAAAAAACAAUGGACGUUCAUAAUGGGUAGUGUACUACCUGAUCGUCCACAAACUGUAGAUCAGAACCGUUUUUUUUUUUCCUGUAUGACAAGGUUCCUGACUCAAGCCCCGGGCGACGUCACUGAGUGGGUGAUGAACUCUGAAUUUCUUACACCACGAGAAAAAAGGUCCCCAGCUGAAGGCAGGAAAAAAAGUGUGACGAGGGGAGCACGAAAUGCCUAGACGUCUACCUGUUUGGAUCAGGAUGAGAUCUGGCGCACUCGCAGAAGGGCGCGCGCACACAGGUUCAGCACAUGGCACUCAGAUCAACAGUUUUGCUCUUCAAAAGAAAAACGGAAUAUUUUACAUUCCAAACGGAAACGCUUUUUAAAAGUUCUGGCAUUUUAGUAGUUCGAGAGGUUUGACUACAUUCCAUGAACUUAAUCUAAGUGCACUUCUGCCUGGAAUUUUUCCUCAGUUUAUCUGGUUUUGAUGGAUGAAGAUCUCCAAGAAGUAAGAAUGAUGAUGCUGACGACUUUCCAAGCGGAUUUUGCGAUCGUCCUCACACGAUGAUGUGCUUCUUGGAAGUGUAUUAUUCAGGGGUGCUGAAUCUUCUCAGAAAUUAUCAAACGUUCGCACAGGACAAGCCUUUUUCAUCUCUGGACUAGUUCUUCAGCAUCAGACGUACACUUUUAUCCUUCGAAAGGCAUCUGACCAUGACGAUUCCACUUUCCAGAACACAGCUUGCCCUCUUCUUUAUCCUGCUUUGUCCAGUCAACAUUAUCGGGCUCUGGUGGGCAGUGGGGAGUCCCUUGGUCAUGGACCCGAACAGCAUCUGCAGGAAGACCAAACGUCUGGCGGGCAAGCAGGCCGAGCUCUGCCAGACACAGCCGGAGAUCGUCAACGAAGUAGCCAAGGGCGCCAAGCUGGGCGUGCGGGAAUGCCAAUACCAGUUCCGCUUUCGCCGCUGGAACUGUACCAGCCAGAACAAGUACUUUGGCAAAAUCCUCCAGCAAGACAUCCGAGAGACAGCGUUCGUGUAUGCCAUCACAGCAGCGGGCGUGACACAUGCAGUGACCCAGGCCUGCAGCAUGGGGGAGCUGCUGCAAUGCGGCUGCGAGGCCACACGGAGCAGAGGGCCGCCCCCGCGUUUAGCCAGUAUUGGCCCAACCGAGGGGGUCAAAUGGGAGUGGGGGGGCUGCGGGGACGAUGUGGAGUUCGGCUACGAGAAGUCCAAACAGUUCAUGGAUGCCAGACGGAGGAAGGGCAAGAGUGACAUCCGCACACUGAUAGACCUUCAUAAUAAUGAGGCCGGACGACUGGCGGUGAAGAAUUAUAUGAGAACUGAAUGUAAAUGUCACGGGCUGUCUGGCUCUUGCACUCUGAGGACCUGCUGGAAGAAAAUGCCUCACUUCCGCGAGGUGGGCGACCGCCUGCUCGAGCGCUUUAAUGGGGCAUCCAAAGUGAUGGGUGGGAAUGACGGUAAGACUCUCAUCCCAGUGGGGCAGAACAUCAAACCCCCGGACAAGCAAGAUCUCAUCUACUCGGCCGAGUCACCGGACUUCUGCCUGCCCAAUCGGAAGACGGGUUCCUUGGGCACACGCGGGCGAAUGUGCAACAGCACGGCGUUGGACGUGAGCGGAUGUGACCUUCUGUGUUGUGAGCGGGGUCACCGGGACGAGACAGUGGUCCUGGAGGAAAAUUGUCUCUGCCGUUUCCACUGGUGCUGCGUAGUCCAGUGUAAAAAGUGCUCAGUUAGGAAGGAACUGAGUUUGUGUCACUAACCGAGAACCCUUGAUGUUGGGAUUGAGGAGAGCGAUUCCAAAACAAGGAUGUGGUGCCAGUGUCAGAACAAAAGAAUCUAGAACAUUCCAGAUUCAUGCAUGCACAUUUCAAACCCUGAGGCUUUGGAAAAGCCUAGAGGAGUGUCUGACUUGUGAUUCACCCCUCAAAAAACCCAGGAUGCUAGUCUCAAUGACCACUCAAGACUCAAGGGGUUCUUUAGCUGUGAAGUCAAGACAUUCAGAAAUUCUUAUCAGCAGAUUGAGAAGGCUUUUGUGCAUCUUUUUCUGUUAGAUCAGCCCUAUAUAUUUUAUGAGUUCAGGCUGGAAGCACAUCCACAUCAGCAACACAGCCACUGUGUAAUGGCUGUUCAUGCUCUGAAGUGACAGAACAUCAAGAAAGGAUAUUUGGCAUAUCUCUGGAUAUGAAACAAAGACUGUUAUUUAUAAGCAUUUAAUAUCAUGACUACUUUUGUGACUAAUGCCCUGUUAUUUUCUUUCAAAAGCACUUUGAGAACUUUUAACAGAAAGGGUAACAGGUCAUUUUACUCUUAAACUCAAAGGUACAAAGCAAAUGCAAGAGAAGCAACAUGUAAAAACUCUUUAUGUUUGUGAGAUAUUUAAUCUGUGGGGCUUUUAAUGCACUUUUACUGAUUCUGAUCACUAUUUUUCAUUGGUUUGCUCCUUAGUGAAAUGCAUUUUCAGUGUUUUGUUUCAGUUUUGGAUGUUUGUUAAGAUUUCUUGUAUUGUUGACCAUAUAUAAUGCCUUUCAGUAUGCUAACACUGCUCAAUAGUUCUCAAAACCAAUUGCAACUGAUAAUUAAUGACAAUGAUCACAGGAAUGCAUGAGAAAUUGUCAUUGUUUUGUGACCUUAUUGUUUUAUUUCCAAUGGAUCUCUCACUGGAGGGUUAACAAUUACAUGGUUUCCAUAGACCUCAUAUCUGUAGGUCAUCAAAACACCAUUUCAGCACCAUGUUAAAUAAAUUAAGUGUCAUCCAAAUGCAUUAUGUUUGAAACUGAAUAUUUCUGCAGUCUGUACAGUUAAUGAAAUCAGAAAACAGAAAUGUUAAGAAACAGACAUAAAGAAUGCAGAGCUACUUAAGGGGUCAGCCAUGAGACUUUCAUCAAGUGUUAAUCUCAAGCACCCCGUCCUUUGUUUGGAAUGUAUUGCAUUUUUGGAAAAUACCUUCGCAAGGUAUCAUCUGGAGUUUGUGCUUAUGAGCCACAGACCAUAGCGAAAUACAACUAAGUAUAGCAGACUUGAGAGACUGACAAUUGAUGGCAAUGUCACAAAAUAUAAUAUAAGAUUCGGCUCUACUUAGGGUGAAUUCAGGCUAAUUGGGACACUUUUUCUAAGUCUUCUCAAUGGCAAAAAGUGUCCCAGUCACUCUGAAUUCACCUCUAUCUGUAGACUCUUCUAAAUGUGUAGUUCCUCUCUAUUAUGCAACCUCAUAUCUGAGAAGUGUGGUGGAAAGAUGUUCAAGAUUAUCGACUGCUCUUCAAAACAAUUGUUUAUAAAGUGAUCUUGCAAUAAUUCAUCCCAGAAUUAUAUAUAAAAAAUGGUUGAAAUAGGCAUUUAAUUGACAAAGUGAGACUUCACUUAGUAUAAAAUGUACAAAUAAAGAGACUACUGUUCUCUAACAUAUUCAAACUGAUGGACAAAGUCCAUUUCCAAAGGUUUGUCAAUAGUCUCUCUUUGUCUCCAAUUUUUCCUCAGUGAUAAUUUGGUUGAAUGCUGUAACUCUCACAUGACGUUUUGACUGGGAGAUAUGAUCCCAUUUCAGCCUGAGAUAUUUAUAUAGACAGCAUAAUGAAGCUUAUGUCACACUUUCCUUUUAUUGACGUUAAACAAAUCGUACAAAUGUUGUUCUAACUGGCUCACUUCACACAGGGUCAAGGCUCAAUGCUUCCCACCUCGCUCUUUCGCUACAGCAAUUCAGAGAUUUCAGCUUCAAGUGUACCGCUUUGCCACUCAGCAGAAGAAAGGUGUUGUUUUGAGUUAUUUACGCAGUUGGAAAAGACUCCCUUUGUAUUAGUAUAAGUCCUGCAAGUCGGCACAAGUUCAUAUUUUCCAGGAAUUUGGGCUGUGUAGCCAACAAUGUUGAAGAUAGAGGGGAAGAUGGAGACCGGGAAUGUGCCAGGAGCAUUGGUGAGGGAAUGAGAGACAGAGAGAGACACACAACGGUAGACAGCCCAGAGCAGGACGACAGCAGAGUCAUUCCACAGCCAAUAGAUUUAUAGAAGCGGAGGUAUUAAUAUGGCUGCUGUGUUUCAAUCGCACACACACACACACACAGCGGCUGUGGAAUGUGCAGGAUGAGACAAUCGUUCUGUCUUUGCCUGCUGAUAGUAAAACACACAGGGCACUAAUGAAGGCCUGCCACUGUGGGUGGAUACACGGCAUGAUGGGAUACACUCUCAUUUCCUCUGAUCUAGACAAUGAGGAUCAAAAACACUCAGAUGAGAGACGGUGAACUCCAGUUGCAAAUCUACAGGUGGUAAUCAUUUUAGCUGUUGAAUAAUGAAUUUAUGAUUCAACAUUUUGCAUUAAUGGAGAUUUUGCAGGAGGAUUUAAAUCAGUAUAUAGUCUUCUCUCAUUAUAAAGGCACAGACAAAAAUGGUUCAUGUCUGUGUACACAGGUGCAUGUGUGUGGUGGACAACCUGAGUGAAUAAAACGGUAACAUAAUACCAUCAAGCGCCCCCCUUGUUCUGACAACCAGUCUUUAUCUAAAUAGAGAUGCUUGCUUUAUGAAGACAUACUCAUAAAAGUCGAGCUGUGAAUAAAGGCUCUGAAACCUUGCAGGAGAUUUUAUCGGGAGGUAAUCGGUCUAAUUACAACCUAGGAUCUGUCAGACUCUGAGGUACAUGAUUGGAUGGAAGGGUGCACUGUACAAAAUUUAGCCUGUACUUGGUAUGUUCCUGGCUGUUAGCUGCUGUACAUUGACAGCAAUUUUUACAGUAGUUGUUGUAAAAUUUAUUACAAUUAAAUAACUGUAAACAGGUCCAGUGCAUUACAGUAAUAUUUACACAUUAACUGUAACAGUGUCCAUAAUACUAUGUUGAUACUUUUGUUCUGAGCAUGAAUGGCAAGAAUACAUUAAAUUUGUUUGUUU